UUAGUCAAUAUAAUUCACGAAUCACUUCAUUGAGAGUACAAAAUUUACACACAGUUUCAAAUCAACUUAAUUAUUAAAAGGUAGAAUCAGUUGUCACCAACUUAACUGUACAAGUUAAACUCAUUAACAAAGUUUAAAUUACUUACGAGAAAUAUUAAUCUGUUAUCCAAUUAACUUGUUUGAUCAAAUUUACUCAAGUAAAAUGCCUUCAUACAGGAUUAUGAUUUCAGCGAUUGAUGCAUUUGGACAUAUCAACGCUUUGUUGGGCUUCAGUGAAGGUCUAAAGGCCGCUGGUCACGAAAUCUUUUUUGCUCAUCGAAAUAAACACAAACACUUAGCCGACAAACGAGGCUUCGAGUUUAUCCCUCUUGAUGAAUCGUUGCCAGGUAUCAAUAUGGAUGAGGCAAUUUUCCAGUGGAUUGAUAUGAAUGGAGAUAAAUUCAGACAACCACCUUUGGAACGAUAUCAAGGAAUGGAUUUUGAAUCUCAAGAAGCGGUUUCAGCUCAGGCUGAAUUCUUCUUCAUCCUGGAUAAGGCUCUGGAUAAAGUGGUGACUGAAAAUUCAUUUGAUUUGAUUGUCGUUGACAUUCCUGGUCCGAUGCCUUUUCUUUAUAAACAUUCGAUUCCUUGGAUUCCACUUGCAUCUCUCAAUCCCCUGAUAUUAUACCCAAAGGGACCACCGCCAUUCUCAGGGUACUCAGUGAAUUCUGAUCCAUCGAAUUGGUCUGAAUUCAAGGAAGUUUAUCAAUCAGCUCAUCAAAUAUUGACUGAAACUCACAACAAACACUUAGAAAAAGUUGGAUUAGGACACAUUAAAUUUGAUCCUAGUAUUUUUGUAGAUAAUCCUGCUCACUUUGGGUUCUAUCAUUAUCCUGGUGAAUUGGAUUAUGAUGAAUGUCCCCCUCGUCGAGAUAAUUGGAUUAGAGUUGAUGCUUGGAUAAGACAGGCUGAUUUCGAUGAUGAUUUUCAGCUUCCAGAACAAUUAAAAGAGAAGCCUGGUAAAUUGGUCUACUUUUCUCUCGGCUCUUUAGGUUCAGCCGAUUUGGUUAUAAUGAAGAAACUAAUUGCAAUUCUGGCUAAAUCACCUAACAAAUUUAUCGUUUCCAAAGGACCACGAGGUGAUCAACUAGAAUUAGCGGAUAACAUGUGGGGUCAGAAUUAUGUUAACCAAAUUAAAGUUGUUCAAUCAGUCGAUUUAGUAAUCACUCAUGGAGGGAACAAUACCUUUCUUGAGACCCUUUACUAUGGAAAACCAAUGAUAGUGAUUCCAUAUUUUUACGAUCAACUGGACAACGCGCAGCGAGUGGUGGACAAAAACAUCGGAUUCCGAGUGAAUACUUAUGAUUUGGAUGAAGAUUAUUUCCUGGACUGUAUUGAGAAAGCUUUAACUGAUCAAACAAUCAACCAAAAAGUUAAAUCGAUCUCACAAAAUAUGAGACAAUCAACUUCUUUGUCUGAAGCAGUGAAAAAGAUUGAAAAACUAAUUGAAGAAACUAAAAACUCAACGAAACUGUAAAUCUAAUCUUGUCAUGUAGUUAAUCAUAGAAAUCCAACAAUUAACUUAACAUUCAUCUUUUUGAAUAAUUAAAUUCUGAAUUCACUUGA